GCAAAAAGGCACAGAGCUUGGCGCGCGCGGCCCAACCGGCCCGCCGUCGCCGCCGCCGCUGCGACGACGCACGCCGCGGCGCAGCUCGAUAGGUAAAGAGGCCCGAGGCAGCUUCGCCGCGCGACGAAGGCAGCCUUUUUACAAGGCUCAGGGGCUGCCCAAGAUGACCGAUGCGGGCGGCGGCUGGCUCGCCCACGUCGACCCGGCCACGGGCGCGACCUACUACGCGCGAGGAAAUGAUGUAAGAUGGGAGCGGCCGACGGAGGCGUCGCAAGCGCCCAAGUGGCAGUCGCGGCUCGACCCGGCGACCGGCGCGACCUACUACUACAACGAAAGUACCAGAGAGACGUCCUGGACGCCACCGGAGGUGGAGAAGGAGGAGGCGGGCGAGUGGCGCACGCGCCGCGACGACGCGAGUGGCUGCGACUACUACUACCACACGGUGACUGGAGAGACGUCGUGGACGAAGCCGGAAGAGCGACGCCUCGACGAGCCCGAAGAAGAGCCGCGCAAGCUCGCGCCGCUGCCCUCGCCGCCGGCGUCGCCCCCGAAGUCGUCGCCGGAGCGCACGUCCCCCAAAAUGGAACGGCGCGUGUCCCCGAACGUCGUCGCCCACGUGCCGCCUCCACCAAUUAUGAAGGAGCCCCCCGCGCGCCGGUCGAGCACGGAGCUCGACUACCGCGGGCCCGCGCCUCCUACGCGCACGGAGCCGCCCGCGCGGCGCCCCUCACUCCCGGUGCCGCCGCCCCCAUUACCGGCGUCGCCACCAUUGAAAAGACCGACGCCCCCUUCACUACCGGUCACAAGAACCUCAUUAGACACCACAUCAUCUGAAAGUGAAGACAACGACUCCAUCGCUCUCAGUACAUCAGUACCCGCCCUAGCCCAGGACUACGAGGGCCACGACUUUCCCACGUUUGCCAAGGCCCACUUCCAGAUGCACCGCAAGGGCCUGUUCAAGGCGCGGACGGAGCUCGACAAGAUCUGCCGCUGGAAGAGGGCGACGAUGAAGCUAGCUUUACUGGAAAGUUGUUGCCGCGACGCGGAUCUACUCGCUGAAGCGUUACAAGCUCAUAGGAACGUGACAGGGUACAUGGGCGACCGAUCAUCCUCGAAGAAUAAAGAUGGUCAUAGAACGAAACUCAUCGGGCAGUUGUUGAGAUGCAAGCAGGAGCUGCGCGACGAAGUGUACUGCCAGCUCGUCAAGCAGACGACCUUGAAUCCGUCCUCCGAAUCUGCUAUCAGAGGCUGGGAACUCCUGCUAUCAGUAUUGUCAACGUGUCCCCCGUCUGAGCAGUUAGCACCUCAUGUGGGUUGGCACUUCGGGGAACACUUGUCCUCAACCCAGGAGUCGGCGGACUACACGCAAAGUGUCGCGAGUUAUGCGGAGAAGUGUUUGGUCGCCUUACCUCAAGUCAUGAAGCUUGGUUGUCGCAGAGAGAAACCGACUCUACUCGAAGCGCAGGCUACCUCAAAGGGCGAAGGUAUUCCGGUGCGAGCCUAUCUAGUCGAUGGGAGACAUCUCACUAUCAAAAUAGAUGCGUGGACCACGGCCCUAGAUUUGGCCGACGCUCUUGGAAGUGAGCUGGGCGGCGUGUCCCGUCAGGAUGGUCUUAGAGUGUUUGAGGUCUCCGACGAGGCGUUACAAGAACGCUGUUUAGAUGACGACGAACGCGUUUUGGACGUCCUGGCGUACUGGGACCGCAUGCAAUUGCAGGAUAAAAAAAAGAGGCGGAAGUCGGCGCACUACAAGCUCAUGUAUAAAGUGAGGUACUUUUAUACGGAUACCCUGUCAUCACCUUGUGCGGAGGAGCUGCACUACCAGCAAGCGCGCCAAGAUAUUUUGGACGAGCGGUAUCCCUGUUCUUUGCCUGAAGCUUGUACCUUGGCCGCGCUAGCGUUGCAAGAGCAAUACGGAGAUCGGAACGACCACUCGUUGCGCGUGGUGCAGGGCCAUCUAGCUGACCAUGUGCCGCCCUCGGCUCGUUCAGACAGAGAUCUGAUUGCUUCAUUGGAACAGCGCGUUUUGAAGCUUUACGGAAAGUUGCGGGGUUAUAGUCCCGAGGACGCGAGGCGGGCCUACGUCUCCACCUGUAGAGCGAUUCCGGUGUAUGGUGCCGCCUACUUCGAGGCCAGGCCGAAAACUACGGAAUAUCCGUCACAGGUCGUAUUGGCGGUGACGGCGACUUCACUACUAGUGGUCGAUCCGUCGUCGCGGGCCGUGCUCAAAUCCUUCUCCUACGGCUCCGUCGUGACCUGGGGCCACUCGUCCGCAUCCUUCGUCGUCGUCGAGGGCGACGAAGUAUCUCAUACCAAGGUCCAGUUCGCGACGCCGCACGGCCGCGAGAUGAACGAUUUGAUCCGGGCGUACGUCGAGGCGCUCGUGCCGUCUUCGGAGGACUAAGGAGUGCUUGUUAGA